AUGCAAUUUUAGAAGUCAAUUUAUCGUGUUCGAUNAUACGAACUUGUAGCGCAUAAGUUCUAUUUGGACUAUCAACCAGCUGCUUAUUUCUGUGUCUAUCAAAAAGUUCGUCAACGAGCCGUAUCGCAACAUAUCGACAGUUUCGAUGAUCGACCUUAUGCGAAUUUACCUGGACCUGCAAUGGCACGUGGCGUGAAUCUCGACGUAUGGAUGAGGCGCUAUUUUAACCCGAAGCCACCUAAUGUGGUCAGGUUUAAUCAGGGCAAUGACCCCAUGGGACACAAAACAGCUUCCAAUCAUCUUGUCCGCAAUGGUUGUUUUCUGUGUCGUACAAGUCGUCCUCGUCAAUGGAAUUACGAUUAUGCACGGCGGGUCUACAAUGAGAAGUUGCAUGUGGCAAUCAAAAAUAUUGGUUUAAUGGAAAGUGGAAUUGACUGUAAUAAACUGACGAGGGAAAAUGGUUCGGCACUGUAUCGAGAAAGAACGAAACGAUGGAAAUAUAAUUUCAAUAUAUCGAAUCCCUUAUUGAAACUAAGAAAUCGCACUGGCAGAUGUAAUUACCUGACGAAUCAAUACGGUUUCAACACCUUACCACUUUCUGACGAAGAGAAGGAAUUUCCGAUCGCUUAUGGAUUAUUGAUAUUUAAAAACGCCAUUCAGAUUUACCAUAUGAUGAGUGCGAUUUAUCAUCCACAGAACGCAUAUUGCAUAGCGAUAAGUAAUGGAAGCGAUGCGGAGUUUAAACGAUCAGUCAAUUUCAUCGGAGAAUGCUUCCCGAACGUUCAUGUCAUGAUUGUAAGUAAUGUUCGGUGGGGUGGACACGGUGUUCUGACGGGUGUUCUUGACUGCUUACGUUACCUGGCAGCAUCGAAAAUAGAAUGGAAAUAUUUUCAGUAUCUUUCGGGCACUGAUCUCCCUCUAAAAACGAAUCGUGAAAUGGUGAGAAUAUUCAAGCGUUUGAAUGGUACGUUCAAUUCAGAAGUGACCGAAUUUCAAGAAGGUCGACUCGGACCGAAAAAGGGUGUAAUACCGCCACAUGGAAUUCGGUUAUUCAAAUCGAGUUUGUCGGCAACAUUCAGUCGUGAGUCGGCGAAUUUUAUCGCGAACAGUGCAACGGUGAACGAGCUUGUUGAUUACCUUAAUGGAACCGACAUAUCGGAUGAAGGCUUCUGGACAACCGUUGCUGGUAAUCCUGAAAAAAUUCCAAUGCCCGGAGCUUUCAAUGGGACACGUUUUUUGCAAUUCGUUAAUGAAAUCAGACGCAAACAACGAGAAGAGAAUCGAACGGAGAGCACCAUGAUGCAUUACUACAUUUCGCGUUAUCAAGUAUGGACGUCGAAGCCAAAUAAAUUCUGCACUGGUACAAUUGUCGCCAGUUCAUGUGUAUACGGAGUUGGUGACAUUCCGAUUCUACUCCGAAGAUACGAACUUGUAGCGCAUAAGUUCUAUUUGGACUAUCAACCAGCUGCUUAUUUCUGUGUCUAUCAAAAAAUUUACCAUAUGAUGAGUGCGAUUUAUCAUCCACAGAACGCAUAUUGCAUAGCGAUAAGUAAUGGAAGCGAUGCGGAGUUUAAACGAUCAGUCAAUUUCAUCGGAGAAUGCUUCCCGAACGUUCAUGUCAUGAUUGUACGUGAUGUUCGGUGGGGUGAAUACGGUGUUCUGACGGGUGUUCUCGACUGCUUACGUUUCUUGGCAGCAUCAAAAAUAAAAUGGAAAUAUUAUCAGUAUCUUUCGGGCUUCGAUCUUCCUCUAAAAACAAAUGGCGAAAUGGUGAGGAUAUUCAAGCGUUUGAAUGGUUCAUUCAACUCGGAAGUGACGCAUUUUGAAAAUUAUCGUAUUGCAAAGAAAAAGAGUGCAAAACCGCCACAAGGAGUUCGGUUAUUCAAAUCGAGUUUGUCAGCAACAUUCAGUCGUGAAUCGGCGAAUUUUAUGGUGAACAAUAAGAAAGUGAAGGAGCUUAUUGAUUACCUUAAUGGCACAUUCAUCCCAGAUGAAACCUUUUGGACAACCGUUGCUGGUAAUCCUGAAAAAUAUCCAAUGCCCGGAGGAUUUAAUGGGACUCGUUUCUUGCGAUUCGUUGAGGAACUUGAACGAAGACAGCAGAAGGAGUAUUCAAUGAAGUAUACGACCGAUUCCAGUCAAUACUAUAUAUCGCGUUACCAAGUGUGGUGGGGGGUACUAAAUAUGAUUUGCGCCGGUAAAUUUGUCGCUGGUUCAUGUGUAUACGGAGUUGGUGACAUUCCGAUUCUACUCCGAAGAUACGAACUUGUAGCGCAUAAGUUCUAUUUGGACUAUCAACCAGCUGCUUAUUUCUGUGUCUAUCAAAAAGUUCGUCAACGAGCCGUAUCGCAACAUAUCGACAGUUUCGAUGAUCGACCUUAUGCGAAUUUACCUGGACCUGCAAUGGCACGUGGCGUGAAUCUCGACGUAUGGAUGAGGCGCUAUUUUAACCCGAAGCCAGUGACGCGAGCACCUUGA